AUGAUCAAGUCAACAAUGUGUACUUGCAUGAUACAUCUAAGUAUUUUAUCAAGGUUAAAUCCUCAACAGAUUCGAGAUACGCACAAGAUCAGAAAAGAAAGUAAUAAAGCAACAAUAAAUGAAUCCGAGAUGCAAAAUUUACAAAUUAAUUUACAAAGGCUCUAA